AAUAUUUCGCUUCACGAAGCAAUAUAUAUAUAUAUAUUUUGAAAAAGUAAGUCCUUAAUUAUCAUCUUCUGUUUCUUUGAGAUCGCCUUCAGAUUUUCUCUCCGUAAGUUCAAUCUAAAGAAGCGAUGGCAAACGCAGCUUCUGAAAUGGAGAAACUUGGUGAGCCAACUCAAAGCUAUGAUGAUUUCACUGCUAGCCUCCCUGCCGAUGAGUGUCGAUAUGCUGUAUAUGAUUUUGACUUUGUGACUGCUGAAAAUUGCCAGAAAAGCAGUAUUUUCUUCAUUGCAUGGUCUCCGGACACCUCAAGGGUGAGAAGCAAGAUGAUUAAUGCAAGCUCGAAGGACAGGUUCAAGAGAGAGUUGAACGGCAUUCAACUAGAGCUACAGGCAACUGAUCCCACCGAGAUGGGACUUGAUGUUAUAAGAAGCCGCGUGAACUAAAUUGAAGUCUCCAGGAGGCAUGAUAUUCAAAUUCUUUCUCCUUUUGCUUUAAGUGAAAUGUUAAUAGGUUGCGGAAGGCAUUAUUAUCGACCUGA